AUGGCGGAGUAUACCCCUACCGGCCCCCCGGGUACCACCUCCAACGGUCCUAGCAUGAACGGAUCUAGCGAUACCGGCUUUGCUCCGCCGGCCCCUAUGCCGUCCUCGAAUGAGGCUGCGAAGACCCUUUGGAUGGGCGAGAUGGAAGGCUGGAUGGACGAGAACUUCAUUAAGAACGUGUUCCAGACUGUCCUCGCUGAGAACGUGCAAGUCAAAGUCAUUCGCGACCGUAACUCUGGUAACGCCGGCUAUUGCUUCAUUGAGUUCUCGACUGCCGAGGCUGCCCAGAAGGCCCUUAACCUCAAUGGUACUCCAGUGCCCAACUCGACUCGUGUUUUCAAGCUCAACUGGGCCUCUGGAGGCGGUUUGGUCGAUCGCCGUGACGACCGUGGCCCUGAAUUCUCCAUCUUCGUUGGCGAUCUCGGCCCGGAGGUUAACGAAUUUGUGUUGGUUUCCCUAUUCCAGUCUCGCUUUCCGUCGUGCAAGUCUGCGAAGAUUAUGACAGAUGCUAUGACCGGUCAAUCCAGAGGUUAUGGUUUCGUGCGCUUUAGCGACGAGUCAGAUCAGCAACGGGCUCUAGUCGAGAUGCAAGGUGUUUACUGCGGCAACCGCCCCAUGCGCAUCUCUACCGCUACCCCCAAGACUCGCUCUCACCAGUAUGGCGGUGGCGGUCAUAGCCAGGGUGGUAACCAACUGGUCGCUCCUGUGGCCGGCCAUCCUGCUCCCAUGUGGGGAGCUCCGCCUUUUUAUGGCCAAGGUGCUGCUGCCUUUAAUCCUAUGCAGCCGAUGAACCAGUUUACCGAUCCUAACAACACUACCGUGUUUGUUGGCGGGCUUUCUGGCUAUGUCACAGAGGACGAGCUUCGUUCAUUCUUCCAAGGCUUUGGGGAAAUCACCUAUGUCAAGAUCCCGCCUGGCAAGGGUUGUGGUUUUGUGCAAUUUGUGCACAGGCACGCAGCUGAGAUGGCGAUCAACCAAAUGCAGGGCUACCCAAUUGGUAACUCUCGUGUCCGCCUCUCUUGGGGUCGCUCCCAGAACAACUCUGGCGUUGGCACCCCGUACCGCCCAGCCCCGCCCCCUCCUCAUUACAUGAGCGGCUUGGCUCCCCAUGGUGGCCCCCCUGGUCCUGGCGGUCCUUAUGGCGGCCCUCCAUUCGGCGGCAACCCUCCGCAGGGUCCUCCUCCCGGCGGCCCUCUGCCGUAA